AUGAUAAACAUAAGAGACCUUGGCCUGUCUGUUUCUUGGCCCAAGACAGAUGCCGUAUUUUUCGGUCACUGUCCCCGAAACUCAGUCUUCGCCUAUGAGGGACAGAACAUCAAAAUCUCUACUAGUAUAAAGUAUCUUGGAGUUAUCAUCGACAAGAAUUGGGCCUUCAAUGCACAUGUGAACUACGUCGCCGAGAAGAUUUCGAAGGUAAAUCGUGCUUUGUGCGCAAUACUACCAAAUCUCAGAGGGCCCGUAGAGAAUAAGCGUCGUUUAUAUUUCUCCGUGGCAACAUCCAUCGCGCUUUACGCCGCCCCUAUCUGGAGUGAAGAGUUCCUAGCUUCUGAGAACAAGCAGAGAUUGAUGCGUCGCGCACUUCGUCUCUCAGCGUUGAGAACUACUAUGGCAUAUCGUACGGUCUCGUAUGAGGCGGCCACGUUGCUGGCCCGUGUUCCGCCUCUUCACCUAUACGCGGAGUUCUUGAGGAGAACGUAUCUUCGUCAUCGUAGGAUGAAAGAGAACGGGACCUACAACGAGGUGUCGGCUCCUGCCGUACGUCAGGAAGAAUGGGACGCGCUGCGCGAUCAAUGGCGCACUCAUGUCACACGCGCUAAUCUUCCCGGUAGGAGAACUCGGGAAGCUAUCGCUCUUAGCUUCGACGAUUGGUUGGAUCGCAGUGCCGGCUUCCUCACAUAUAGGAUUACACAAUUCCUAACAGGACACGGAUGCUUCGGCACCUACCUGAAUAAAAUCGGUAAGAAGGAUUCUCCGAUAUGCCGGUACUGUGAUUCGGAGGAGGACACCCCGGAGCACACUUUGGAGGUGUGUCACUUUUGGGCCAUAGAACGUGGCGAACUCACCGCUGUGAUUGGACAGGACCUCUCUUUGAGAAACAUUAUCGCAAGAAUUUGUAACUCUAAAGAACGUUGGAAUGCGUUCUCGGUUUUCGUCGAACGGGUUCUCCAACGUAAGGAAGAGGACGAACGGAGGAGACAGCAGCAGACCCUUGAUCAGGGAUAG